AUGCUGAUCUAAUUUACCCUAGAUAUUACCUAAAUAUUUAUUAGAAUUAUUAUUAUUUAACUGAGGGGCCAUUUGAUUAUUUUUAAAGAAUGAUAUUAGCUAUGGCCCAUAGGCAUUAGACAAAGAACCGAAUGAAAGACACAGAAGGAAAAGAAAGGGAUGCCGAUACUAACAAGAAAAGAAGUGGGAGUGAGAAAGUAAUUCCUUUACAUCAACAAAAAAAAUAUAGAGAAAAAAGGAAAGGAAAGAAUCAGGGAAACCGAAAAGAAAGAAAUGACAGGAUAAAGAAGAUAGAUUGGCAAGAAAAUUGAUAUAUAUAUAAAUAUAUAUAUAUCAGCAGAAAUUUGAUGACAUGUGAACCUCAAAUUAGCCAACAGUCAAUCAUUUAAAGAGUUUUGAUAAUAUGGGGGAUUCAGCCUCAUUUAAAUUCACAUGGAAAAUUGAGAAGUUCUCCAAGUUGACUGCAAAGAAAGUUUACUCGGAGAUUUUCACAGCUGGAAAAUCUAAAUGGCGUUUGCUUAUUUUCCCAAAAGGAAACAAUGUGGAUCAUUUGUCAAUUUACAUAGAAGUUGCUGAUUCAACAAGUUUGCCAAAUGGUUGGAGUAGAGAUGCAGCUUUCGGCUUGGCAGUAAUUAAUCAAUUCAAUAACAGCGCUACAGUUCGUAAAGAUACACAACAUGUCUUCAAUGCAAGAGAAAGCGAUUGGGGUUUUACAUCUUUCCUUCCUCUUAGCAAACUAAAAGAUCCUGCUGUAGGGUAUCUUGUAAAUGAUACACUUACAGUUGAAACUGAGGUUCAUGUUCGUAACGUUGUGCAUUACUCAAAAAUUGAACCUGAAAAGGAAGUUGUUAAAGAUGGUCCGAAAUUACCCAAGCAAGUGGUUGAAGCACCAGCAAAACAGGUCCCUUUACCACAGCAGGAAGCAGUUGAUACUAAAGCAAAGGUUCAGCCACCAACUGUUACUGAAAGUCCUUCACUGGAAAAGGUUAAAGCAGUCGUUCAAACUGUUGCACCAGCCGGUGAUCAUGGAACUGUAAAGGAGUCACCAGCACCUCCUGCUAUUGCCGAAGAAAAAAUUCUUCCAAAGGAUCCUUCCUCUGAGCCAAUACACUCCUCCCCAAACGUACAGAUAAGAUCUAAGAAUCUUCUGACGGAAAUUUCGAGCAGGACUAGAACUCAAGAAUCUUCUUCAAGUGAUGAAAACCCUGUUUCAAGCCAAGCAUCUAGAGAUGACUUUGUGCAUCAAAAAAAGGAAGCAUUGCAAGGGUUCUUUAAUAUGUCAUUAGAGGCUAUACAACAAGCUAACGCCUUUGGCAAUGUUGAGGGGAUUAUUCUUGCACUAGUUCAACAUGCCAACACUUUGCAGGAGAAGACAAUUCUUGACGAUCUAGCCUCACGCUUGGCAGAAUUCAGAGAUAGUAUUCCCAGUUCUAAAACAACAGCAGAAACCGCUCAAGCUCGCAGAACAUCUCUUGCAGGGAAAACCACAGAUCUUAAUGCGAGAUUGGAGCAAAGACAAAAGGAACUAAGUUCCUUGGAGGCUAAAUUCUCUAGACUUUCAGAAGAAGAAGCAAAACUACAAGCUGAAAUUCAACGCUUAAUAAUACAAAAGGAGGAGCUUCUUUCCCAAAAGAAUUCUGCUGCGAUUGAACUGGAGAACGCCAAUCUAGAGGCAUCCAAAGAUCUUAAAGAAUGGCGAAGCCUGGAAGGGGAAAUCAAGCAGGCCAAUGCCGAAUGGCGCGUAGCAAAAGAGAAACUAGCAUUAGCUAAUGUGCGUUGGAAACUCUUCAAGGAGGACCUUGGUCUUGGAAAGCUUAAUAUUUCGUAAAGACUGUAGAUGCUGCUUUCAAACUGAACUUGUGCAAAAUAACUUUUUAAGAUAUAAUUUGUUUGAUUUA